AUGUCUCCUUUGCCUUAUCCUAUCACCUUGCCUGCUUUGGCCGAUUCUCAAAUCACCCGUGUCGGUGUCAAAUCCCCUGAAGAUGUCGUUGUUGUCUCUGCUGUCAGAACCGCCCUCGCUAAGGGCAAGAAGGGUGGCUUCAAGGACGUCUUGGCUGAUGAGCUCUUGUGUCAUGUCUUCAAAGCUACCAUCGAAAGAACCGGUAUUGAUCCUGCUUUGGUUCAAGACAUCACUGUAGGCAAUGUCAGUGGUAAGGGUGGCCUCGCCACUGCUUCAAGAAUGGCCUCUCUUGCUGCUGGUUUCCCUGAAACUACAUCUGUCAGCACCUUGAAUCGUCAAUGUUCAUCUGGUCUUCAAGCAUGUGUUCAGAUUGCCUCCGCCAUUCAAUGUGGUCUUAUCGACAUUGGUGUUGGUGCCGGUGUUGAAUCCAUGAGCUCUGAUUACUUUGGCCGUGUCAUUCCUCUUUCCGACAAGUUGGCAGAGAAGCCCGUUGUCAAUGACUGUAAGAUUCCUAUGGGUAUUACAUCUGAGAACGUAGCUGCUCAAUACGGUAUUACUCGUGAGGAACAAGACAGCUUCUCUGUUGAUUCUCACAAGAAGGCUGCCGCUGCUCAAAAGGCUGGUUUGUUCAAAGAAGAAAUUGUUCCCUGUACUGUUACUACCAUUGACAAGGACGGUAAGGAGAAGACUAUUGUUGUUGAUCAAGAUGAGGGUAUUCGUGCCUCCUCUACUGUUGAAGGUCUCGGUAAAUUGAAGCCUGCUUUCACUCCUACUGGUAGCACCACUGCUGGUAAUGCCUCUCAAAUUUCUGAUGGUGCUGCCGCUGUCUUGUUGAUGAAGCGUAAGACUGCACACAAGUUGAACUUGCCCAUCCUUGGUAAAUAUGUCACCUCUGCCUCUGUUGGUGUGCCACCCUCUAUUAUGGGUGUUGGUCCUGCUUAUGCCAUUCCUGUUGUCGUUGAGCGUGCUGGCUUGAAGAUUUCUGAUGUUGACAUUUACGAAAUCAACGAAGCUUUCGCCUCUCAAGCCCUCUACACUGUCAAGGUCCUUGAUAUCCCUAUGGAGAAGGUCAACCCUAAGGGUGGUGCUAUUGCUAUUGGUCAUCCUUUGGGUUGUACUGGUGCUCGUCAAGUUGCUACCUUAUUCCCUGAAUUGAAGCGUCAAAACAAGCGUAUUGGUGUCACUUCCAUGUGUAUUGGUUCAGGCAUGGGCAUGGCUGCUCUCUGGGAAAGAGAAUAG